CACGCUGCUUCUGUAUUUCCCUGUCUGAAGACCAAAAAGUACAAUUUAGACAGCAAAAACCAUUUUUCUUUAUUUCUUUUUUCCCUGUAUUUCUAUUUCCAAGGUGAAGAAAAAUAGCAUGUACUCCUCCGUUCACUCACUGCCACUGGAUGGUCAUGCUGAGUUUCACAGCUCGGUUGAUGGGUCGGGUCCGGGUUCGGAUCCUUGUCUGGUUCUCACUUCGGAUCCUAAGCCAAGGCUGCGGUGGACUGGGGAGCUUCAUGAAAGAUUUGUUGAUGCUGUCACUCAGCUUGGUGGCCCUGAUAAAGCAACACCGAAAACGCUCAUGAGGACGAUGGGGGUCAAAGGUUUGACCCUUUAUCAUCUAAAAUCGCAUCUUCAGAAAUUCCGGUUGGGAAAGCAAUCUUGCAAGGAUUUCACCGAAAAUUCUAAAGAUGCAUCAUGCAUUGCAGAGAGCCAGGACACGGGUUCAUCUACAUCAGCGUCAUCAAGAAUGAUGGCACAAGAUAUAAAUGAUGGCUUCCAAGUCACCGAGGCUUUGCGAGUUCAAAUGGAAGUUCAGAGAAGGCUGCAUGACCAACUGGAGGUUCAGCGCCGUCUUCAGCUACGUAUUGAAUCACAAGGGAGAUACCUGCAAUCAAUUCUCGAGAAAGCUUGUAAAGCAAUCGAUGACCAAACUGUUGCUUCUGUUGGGCUCGAAACUGCUAGAGAAGAACUCUCUGAACUAGCUAUCAAGGUCGCGAAUGACUAUCAGCAAGUAAUGACAGUCCCCUUACUGUCCGAAAUUGCUUCAUCUCUGGAAACCAGAAAUCCCAUCGCUGCUUCUGGUAGAAUCGGUGAUUGUUCCCUUGACGGCAGCUUGGCAUCAAAUGGAAAUCCACUCUCUCCAAUAAGCAUGAGCUCACAAGCCGCCGCAAUGAAAAAGAGAUCAAGAGCUUAUAGUAACUUGUCCCCUCUAGAUAGCAAUUUGAGGCAAGUGGAGUGGAUGAUGAGUAAUUUUAGCCAAGUUUAAAAAUAUUGUUUCAGAUUCAUAUUUCUAGCUUUGUUCUUUGCUACUUCUUGAAAUUGGUGAUUAUCUGCAUGCAGUCAGCUGUUCUGUUGUUUGCAAAUGUAAGAUCAGUUGUGUAUAUUUCCUAAAUUAUACUCCAUGUGUCCCACUCAUUUCUAUACAAUUUUUUUUCAUUUCUA